CAGAUAAUUCAUAGGACGAUAAUUUGAGAAGAGCAAUUGAAAGCUAAAAAGGUGAUAGUUGUCGCCAAUUUACUUUUGCUAAAAUUAUAAAUGUAAGCCCCCACACGGUCGUCCCUUUUGAAAGCAACUUCGUACCUAUCAAUUGAUUUUGCAUCCGUACCACUGUUUAUAGAUAUAAUCUGGAUUUGGUCUUUGUUCUGGUGGUGUUUAUAUGUUGUGUUGUCGAAUGAUUUCUUCAUCAUAUAGGUUCAAAGCCAGAGAUGCAUGGUUGUAAUUUGGUACAUUGAUACUUGACACUGAAUAAUACCAUAUAAUUAAGCUCGGUGACAAAAGAACAAGUUUUUGUGUGUGUGUGAAAUAUGGUGGUUGAUUAAUUUGCAUAUCUAAUUUUAUAAUAUCAACUAAUUGAAAAUUAGGUUUUGAUUUUGUCGGGAGUGUAAGUACUCUUCCACGUAUAUUAUUGUCCUUUUGUAGAUGCAAUCAUGCAAGUACUUUAACACUUUCAUACUCUCUAUAAAUUCAUUUCACUUCUUACCAAAACCCUGCACAAAUAAUCUUGUCAGCAAUCUCUCAUUUCUAUCUUUUUUUCCUUCCCAUGCUCAACGAAGAAGCUUUCUUCUCCCAACACUCUCUUUUCGAUUCACAAGAUCUCAAUCAGAAAUGGAAACAGUUAAGACCUCCAGGUUUAUCACUGAGGUGGCUCCGGCUAAGUUUAUAUCGGCGACAAGAGAACCAUUCAAGAACAUGUUGACAACCAUCUCCGAGGAAGACUUUGAUUUUGAUGAAUUAGUCAGAGCCACUGCAGAUAGACUCUCUUCUUCUUGUCCAGGCUCCUCCUCCUGGUCUCUUGCUCACUACGCCAAGAUCAACAGAGUCUCUUCUUCUUAGAGCAUUCAAUUGCCAUCCCAAAAUGCAUUUUUUCUCUCUUUUUUCAAUAAUACCAAAGAAGAAGAUUUGUUUGUAAUCUCUUCAGCAUCAGAGUUUUCCAUCUACUUCUCGUUGUUGAAUGUUUUCCCGCUAGCGUUCUUGAAUUAUAUGUUAUGAUCACUUCUGUUUAUUAGCAUUCUUGAAUCACCUAUGAUCAAUCCUUUUA